AUUCUGGUUUCUAAGGAAACCACAGCGCAGCGCAACAAAGUUCACAGAGCUGAAGCUGUGCUUACUGGAAGCUACUCGCUGCAUCGGGAGGAUGAAACCACGAUUCAAGGAACGCAAAGAACAGGUAACACUCACCUAGUGGGCACAGGCCUACAACUGGAGGGGGGGGGGGAUCAGAUGACCUCAUAGGACACGACGUGCACGAGAAGAAGCUCUGUUACCACGACAACAGGCUCAUUGAGAAGUGACCUGGAGCGGAGCGCAGGUUCAAGCCGACCGCUUUGAUGCUACCCAAGGAACAGGAUCAGAGCUUUGGAGGCUGCUAACAGCUCUAUCGGCCGGCCUCUGCCUCUCACCUCCACGUCAUGCAGCACUCCCAGAGACUGGACCAAAGGCUACACACGCUCAGGGAGGAGGUCCGAACCAUGACCCACGACAAGGAGCGGGGGGAGCAGGUUUGGAGGGACCGACUGCAGCGCUGCCAGAGGCAGCUGAAGGCCAAAGAGGACGAGAUGAGUCGCCAAUCCCAGUACUUUGAGAACUUCAAAACCCAACUCCAGCACAAGCUCAGCCUGGCCCGGGACAGAGAGCACAGCCUACAGGACAGGAUCUACACUCUAGAAAAGCAGCUGCUGGACAUGACUGUGAGAGCCGCCACUGACAUCGCAGCCAUCGGGGCAGUCAGAAUUACUGCCGGGACCGUAGCGCCCAGGGAAGAACCAGAGAGGCUGCCUCCCAUGAGAGGACAGGGGGAAGGGGAGGAGGAGAGAAAGGAGGAGAGGAGGAGGCAAUGGCAGCCAAGUGUGGGAUACAAGAGGGGAGGAGGGCUAGAAGGUGACCAAGAGGUACAAGGAGAACGGAUCAAAGAAACACACUCAAAUGAAGCCAGGCUGCAAGGCUUCAUCCUGAGCCUGCAGGACGAUCUCAAGGUGCUGCUGGAGAGAGAGGAAGGCGGCAUGACGGAGCGGAGGGGGCUGAUGGUGCAGCUCCAGGAGGCCCAGGAGAACAGCCACUUCCUGGACUGCAAGGUGGAGGACAUGAAGGCAGAGGUGCAGCUGCUGAAGCUGUCUGAGCAGUCCUUGAUGGAGGAAGUUGAAGAGCUGAAAGAGGAGAACCACAAACUCACAAACUGGUUGAGUCCUGGGACUGUCAUGUCACACGCCAAGGUACAUCUAACGUUGGAUGAGGGAGCGGGCCGGCCGCAUUCAUCUGCAGUUCCACCACUUCACCACCAGGAGGAAGCAGAGAGUCUGCAGAACAACGCAGAGGAUCAGUCCUCAUCUGCCCAAUCAGAAUCUACUCCACCUAAAAUCUUUUGCCCCCAUGUGCCCAAAACCGACCCCAUCCUCCGGUCACUCUCUUUGACUACAGAGACACUAGAGGAGUUCAGAAUGGGGACCUGGUGCUGUAAAGGGGUUCUCAACCUGGAGAAAAGCCCCAGUGAAGAAACGGAUGCCCUGAGGGAAGCCUACAGGAGCUUGGGGCUGGAGAAGGAGCUUGAAGCACAUCAAGAACAACGUGUCAGCUCGGAGGUCGACAGCUUCCAACUGAGGAAAGAGGGGCGAGAGUCAGAGAUGCAGCAGAGGUCUUCAAGAGAAAAGAUUUGUGCACUGUCCGCCAGUAAUAGAGCCAAAGAUGCCCCUGAUCUCCCCCUCGCCCAUGGAGAUCUGGUCUGGGCCCUGAAUCAAGAGAACCGGGCCUUGGCGGAGCGGAUUCAGGAGCUGGUGGCUCACAUUGAGCUCAGAGAAGAGGAGAUCAAGAGGGGGCAAACACGGCUGAUGGAGCGUAUCUUCAAGCUGGAGGGAAACCGAGUGCGGCUGGAGCAGGAGUGCCAGGAACACGAGUGUCUGAUUACAGAACUCACCAAGAAAACAGAGGAUGAUCUCAACACCAUCAUGGAGCUGCAGCAAAGGUUAGAGGAGAGCGAACAGCGUCCGGGGGAAUCACAGGUUGCCAACACACCGUGUGGAUCUCCAUUACAGAGUGAACAGACAGCUGCACCAUCGGGAAGUUUUCAAGAGCCGAACCUAGAAGAGUGUGUGGACAGUUUGGUGGAACGUGUGCUGCAUGGGGAGGAGCCACGGGGGACGUCAGCUCCACAAGUCAACGACUUGACCGCCGCUUCAGCACCCGGUUCUCCACAUGGUGACCACUGUGACCCUCUGCAGAACAGCCUGCUGAUCAGUCUGCGCGUUAGUUCGUUGACUGAUCAAGAAAGGCAGCUCACCAGGUCGGUCCAGAGCCUCAAAACGGACCGAGAGGAACUGUUGGGUUGCAUAAAUGCCCUCAGAGAGCAGCAGAGAGACGUCGCUCUGUCGAUCCAAACACAAACGGAAGACAAACAGCAGCUAACACGCACAGUUUGGGGACUGAAGGAAGAGAAAGACAGCGUCUCUCGAUCUCUGACUGGGGUCAAACAAGAGAGAGAGCAGCUUACCAGGACGGUCUGUGGCCUGAGGGAGGAGAGAGACCAGUUAAUAAGGUUUACCAGUGGCCUGAAAGAGGAGAAAGAGUCUUUAUCGGGUUUCAAAAGAGAAAAGGAGAAACUGUUAGAAUCCCUCUCAAGUGGAAAAGAAGAGCGAGAUCAAAUCAUGCAGUCGCUACAUAGUUUACAGACAGAGAGUGACCAGUUGAGCCAGUCGGUGCUCCUUUUGAAACGAGAGCGAGAUGAGCUCACCAAUUCCCUUAAGUGUCUGAAGGAGCAGAGAGACGAAAAAGAGAGAGUUGAACAUUCAAUCAGUUGUUUGAAACAGGAAGAAAAACAGAUAGAGCUUUUACUUCAGGGCCUUAGAGAGGAGAGAAACAUCCUGCAGCAGGCGGAGGGGAUCGAUCCGACGCCGCUGAGUGUGGCGAGUGAUACAGGAGCCACACAGAGAGGUCCGUCUCGUGACCAAAGGGGAGGUUCUGCACAGGAGGAGCAAAGCGACCUGAGGAGGCAGAUUGAAGCUUUGGGAGAAAAACUACAGAAGUCACGAGACGAUCUGGACAAGAGCCGCGUGGGUACCGAGUUGCUUCGCUGUGAGCUGCGUCGCUCAGACGCAGCGAGGGAGGAGGCGGAGAGAAAGGCCAGCGCAGCAAAGGAAGAGCUGGUGAGGUUUAAAGAUAAAGCUUCUCAAAUGGAAGAAACCAGAGAGGAAAAUGACAGCCUCACCACCCAGGUAAAGGAGCUGCAGAGGAAGGUGACAGGCCUGCUCAGGGAGAAGGCAGAUGCUGUGGCACUAAAGGCCCAAGAAAAGGAGCAAUGCAACAUCCUCACAGCUCAGCUCAAAGCUAAGACGGUGGCCCUAGAGGAGCUGAACUCUGAGUACAUUGCCCUAAAAAGAGGGCAUGACAGUGAGGAUGAUCCCAGCGUUGUUCUCAUCUCACUCAGGACACGUUAUAACGACAUCAGAGCUAAGUAUGACGCACUGAAAAAGGAGCGCCAGAGUGAUCCGGACGUAGCUCCUUUAAAGGCCAAGCUGUCUUGCCUGGUGGGGAAGUGUCAGGAGAGGAACGGCGUGUUGGUUCAGAUGAUGAAGGCAAUGCAGAGACACGACUGUGUGGACUCCACGCUCACCCAUCAGGUCGAGCAGCUGCUCAGAGACGCUGCUCUGCAGAACUACACCGCAGCGUUCACACCACGCAGCCUCGUGAAAACCCAGGAUUACGCCUCUGGGUUGACAUCGGGAUUUAUUUCCAAAUUCCAUGACCGCACCGGUAGUUUCGCAGCUGAUCAGACAUGCUCUGCCACAUCCCCACUUGUGGAGCAGCAACACAACAAUGGCUUCAAAGCUGAUUCCGAAGUAAGAAGUGAAAAGCCCAGAUCUUUAGUCAUAACUGAAGCAAAUGGGGAAGACUGGCAAAGUGAAGUCACACCUGGACUGACAGAAAUACAAAAGAAAAGUGCCAACUCACAUGUGUGCAACUCAGCAGUGCAGAAGCAUCCCAGUGUGCCAGCGACUCCGUCACCUGUAGUUCCUUUGGUUCCUGCACCAAGAGAGAGAAACAUCUCCACUAGAGCUCAGCUCUCCGCCUCCGCCAGUGGACCAGAGACAUCUGGAUCGUAUCACUCGGACACAGAAGAGAAGUCCUCCCUGGAUCCGACCGGUUCCACUGGAUCCCCACUGAGUCCGACUCCUCCCUCCUCCAGCGCACGUUGGGGUCCCAGCAGGAGGCUGAGUAGUCCCGAGAAGAUCAUGGACAUGUAUGAGCAGCUGCAGCAGACUCUGAUGAGUAGCUAUCAGUCUCCAGAGAGCAGAGGAAGGGGACCGCAGCCCAGGAAAAGUCUCCCUUUUUUAUUUUCGGCCGACCUGCAAGCUGCCUCUGAGACGAAGAAGCAGCGCCUCCGUUUCAAUGUUCCGCACACCGACUCGCUCCCGGUCACCGCGGCUUUGAGCCCAGCUAAGCACACUCCAACAGGGACAACCACAAAUAAGUCAACAACACUCUUUGACGCAGUGGCCUCUCGAUCUGCUAAUAUUACAUCAAGUCCCAACCUGUUUGCUCACGGUCCCUUUAAAGCAGACCCAUCUAAAACCACAUGGUCUGCUGUAACUAGCUCUUCUGACUUUCCUUUUUCCACAACGGCACCCUGCAAAGCCAAAUCCGUCUCGAGCCGUGGCACAGAUAUAGAUUCCCCAAAACUGGCAAAGAAAACGCCUGCUGUCCCGGCUAAAUCUGACCCUAGACACGCGUUUUCUACUCCUUUAACCACCACCAUCACCGUGGACUGUGAUGUCUUGACCACCACCUCAGAGACAGCUGCCCCGAGCUCAUCGACUGCCCCUGGGGCAAAUCUUUUUCUCACGCCUUAUAAAACGGAUGGUGCUGCACCCGCCCACCAUGGGCUUGUAUUUGCUGCAUCCUGCACUCGCCCUGCUCAUUGCUCUCCUGGGAGGUCCAGCAAGUCUAGCAGAAAAUCCACUGCUGCUCCGGGAAGGCCCACAACAGAAGCUCCAGCUGAGGUUCAAUCUGUUGAGGUUAUCAGAACAGUGGGCCAGGGCAGCCUGAUGAUUGGUUGGGAAAGGCCGCCGCUGGACGAGCUGGGCUGCAGCAACGGCACGUUUGUGUACGGCUAUCGGGUGUUUGUAGAUGGAGACUUCCACAAAUCUGUCAUGAGCUCAGCGUGCACCAAGUGUGUUCUGGAGAACGUCAAGCUAAGCGGCCCGGUCCACAUCAGUGUCCAGACGCUGGGAUCCAACGGCCUCAGUUCAAACUUUGUCCACACCAUGUACAUGGCCUCGGUCUGAAUAGCCUGAGUCUCGGUCUCGCUGCAGUGAGCACAACGGGGGCUCGGUCGGAUUGCUGCAGCCUCUCAGUGCUCACAGCCAUCUAUAGCCUGCAGCUCCCCGAGGGGCCGUCCUAACCUCCACCCCCGGCAGGAGACACCGUCACGCUGCUCGGAUGCCCCGAGGCUCAGGUCAACCAAUCAGAAGAAUCUCACGUUGUCUCACUUUACCAGCCUACGAAUACGUUUAUUGAACUGUGGCCGGCCGCUAAACCUCAAAACCACUCACCGAAGAUGUCACACAAACCAGGACUGUUGCCUCUCUGUCCCUCCGUCCCUCAGCGUUGCUCUGCACGUGAAAGCAGCUGGUUGAUUGUUGUUGGAAGAACUUCCUGUUUCUUAGUUGUCUUGAAUGAAUGAGAAACAUAGUGGCUGCAAAUCAGACAAAUCCGCACUGAGGAAGACGCGACUGUUUGUUACAGACCACAUGACGCAGAGAUGAAUCACGGAGUCAAACGCUGCUUCGUGACACCAACUUUUAAUGCCGUCGUUCCACCAAGACAGAACGCGCUGGAGGGACGUCUGAACACUGUGUUAAACACAGAGAGACCAGGUGUCGUAUUGCUUCAUGGGAGAUCAAUGCUGCUGCCUCUCUUGACUCUAUGACAUGAAGAUGCUGGCUAAAGGGACACGUACUGUAUCAAAAGCCUUUGUUUUUUAUUUUUUAUGUGCAGUCACGUGCCGACGCAACAUCUUACUUGAUUUUUACACAUGAAGCCAAAUAUGAGAAGAAGAAGAGAUUCACUCCAAAGACUCGUGUGUCAGCGUCUCCUUGUGCAGGUUUACGGGAUCACUCCAAACAAAGAAGUUAUUUAAGUUCUGAAUUUUGCACACAGUCAUUGUUGUAUCUGAUUAUAGCUGAUAGCAGGAGAUGGAAGUAAGAAAAGAAAUUAUCCCUGAUAUUUUUUGUAGAGAAUAUUAUAUAAAUAUGCCACAAACGAUACGUCUUUUUGUAUGAGUGACACUUUGAUUUCUCACACCUAGUAGGUGUUAUAUUUGCACGUUUGUAUUGUUUUAUACAAUGCUCACGAUAUACACACAAUGUUCUUUUGCUACUUACCUUAUGUACGGGUGUGCAGUGAUCACGGUGCAGCAAAGGUAUUUUUCUAUCAGUAAUAUAGAUAUUGAUUCCUCGUGGAUUCCUUUGCAACUGUACAGAGAAUAAAUGUUUCUAUGAUAUUGACCGCCAUUCCAGCGUCUGUGUGCUACAACACCUGAACAGUUUGGGUUUACAAAUGCUCGUUAAAAUCAAUUCAAAGUUGAGAUUUUAUAUAAUAUGGAAAAUACACUGAGCUGUCCAAUAAACAUCUGGGGAUUCAGAAUGUUACUUUAUGGGCUAAAUAAAAUAUUUAUAAAACCA